AUGAAUAUCAAGGUCAAGACACUCACUGGUAAAGAGAUUGAAAUUAAUAUUGAAGAGGCAGACACGGUAGGGAGAAUAAAAGAACGUGUAGAAGAAAAAGAAGGCAUUCCGCCUGCCCAACAACGUUUAAUUCACGGUGGAAAACAAUUGACCGACGAAAAAACUGUUCAAGAAUCUGGUAUAAAAGGUGGAGCAGUUCUUCAUCUUGUGUUGGCUCUUCGCGAUCUUCAAGCCUGCAUUGUUCGACUCAUUACUUUUACGUCUUUACUCGAAGUGAUGCUUAAGUCUUGUUUGAAGCUUGUCGGUUCGAUCUCGACCCCGUCCUCGAUUAGAGCUUUUCAUGCUUCACGAACACUCUCCAGGGUAAUUGCAACACAGCCUUUGAGAGCAAAGGAGUCGUCGGUUUCAGCAAAGUACCCAGUAAUUGAUCACACAUACGAUGCUAUCGUAGUGGGUGCUGGCGGUGCCGGUUUACGCGCUGCUUUUGGUCUUGCGGAGGCUGGUUUGAAUACUGCGUGUAUUACAAAAUUAUUUCCCACAAGAUCGCAUACGGUGGCUGCACAAGGUGGUAUCAAUGCAGCGCUAGGCAACAUGACUGAAGAUGAUUGGCGUUGGCAUAUGUAUGACACUGUCAAGGGUAGCGACUGGCUUGGAGAUCAAGAUGCAAUACAUUAUAUGUGUCGCGAGGCACCUAAUGCUGUCAUUGAACUUGAAAACUAUGGUGUUCCUUUCUCGCGAACUGAAGAGGGUAAAAUUUACCAAAGAGCUUUUGGUGGCCAGAGUUUAAAGUAUGGACAAGGCGGUCAGGCGUAUCGAUGCGCAGCGGUAGCCGAUCGCACUGGUCACUCGAUAUUACAUACAUUAUACGGUCGAUCUCUGAAACAUGAUACCAACUUUUUCAUUGAAUACUUUGCUCUUGAUCUUUUAAUGGAAGACGGCGUGUGUCGAGGUGUCAUAGCUAUAAAUAUGGAAGAUGGCACCUUACAUCGAUUUCGAUCUCACAAAACAGUGUUAGCCACUGGUGGUUAUGGGCGCACGUAUUUCUCAUGCACCAGUGCACAUACAUGUACAGGUGAUGGAAAUGCAAUGGUUGCCCGUGCCGGAUUGCCUUUACAAGAUAUGGAAUUCGUUCAAUUUCAUCCUACUGGAAUUUACGGAGCUGGUUGUCUUAUCACCGAAGGAUCCAGAGGAGAAGGUGGUUAUCUUCUCAAUUCCGAAGGUGAACGUUUUAUGGAACGGUAUGCUCCCACGGCAAAAGAUUUAGCGUCAAGAGAUGUCGUUUCACGUUCAAUGACAAUUGAAAUUCGCGAAGGUCGUGGAGUAGGUCCCGAACGUGAUCACAUAUACUUGCAACUUUCUCAUUUGCCUGCUGAAGUUCUACAUGAACGUUUGCCUGGUAUAUCCGAAACUGCUGCUAUCUUUGCUGGAGUUGACGUCACCAAAGAACCAAUUCCAGUACUGCCAACAGUUCACUAUAAUAUGGGUGGUAUACCAACGCGUUAUACGGGUGAAGUAAUAAUGGUUGACGAGAGUGGUAAUGACAAGGUUGUCCCUGGACUUUAUGCAGCUGGAGAAGCUGCUUGUGUAUCUGUCCACGGUGCUAACCGUCUUGGUGCCAAUUCUUUACUUGAUAUUGUCGUUUUUGGCCGAGCCUGUGCUCAUCAUAUUCGCGAUACCUUGGAACCGGGAACACCUCAUAAGGAGCUCCCUUCAGAUGCAGGAUCAAAGUCCAUUGCAAAUCUUGACAAACUUCGUAACGCUGAUGGUUCAAAAACUACUGCCGAUAUUCGACUAAAUAUGCAAAAGGCAAUGCAAAAAGAUGCCGCGGUCUUUCGAACAAAAGAAUCCUUGGAAAAUGGUGUUGUAAACAUCGAUUCAAUCUGGAAAACUUUCAAAGAUGUUAAAGUUUCUGAUCGUUCUAUGAUUUGGAAUUCUGACUUAAUCGAGACCUUGGAGCUUCAAAACCUUUUAACCAAUGCUGCUCAAACAAUGCAUUCUGCAGCAGCUCGUAAAGAAUCUCGUGGAGCCCACGCAAGAGAAGAUUACAAGGAACGUCUGGACGACGAAUGGAUGAAACAUACAUUAUCCUGGCAAGAUCAAGAAACAGGUCAGGUUAAGCUAAGCUAUAGAUCGGUGACUCAUAAGACUCUCGAUGAAAAAGAGUGUGCUAGCGUUCCUCCCAAGGCUAGAGUUUAUUAG